UUUGCCUGACGGACGGCCUCCUCGCUUUACGGCGAAAACAACGAUGGCGGCCUCCGGUGUGAGGUUUGAAAGCGCCAAGAGUAUCGAAGACCGUAAAGAGCAGCUCCGAAGUGCCAGGGCCGAGGUGCUGCGUCAGGCCAAAGCCAGUUUUGAAAAAGAAGAAAAGCGUAAAGAACUUAAGCGGCUUCGAGGUGAGGACACAUGGAUGCUACCUGAUGUGAAUGAGCGAAUUGAACAAUUCUCAGAGGAACAUUCUGUGAAGAAGAAGAAGAAAAAGGAAAAGCAUUCAAAGAAAGCGAAGAAAGAAAAGAAAAAAAAGAGCAAGAAACAGAAAUAUGAAAAAAAUGAGUCAACUGAUAGUUCAUCAAGCUCGGAAGAUGAAUGGGUUGAGGCUGUUCCUUCCCAGCCUCCUGGCAAAGAAAAGGCCUGGAAAGUGAAGGGUGAAAAGUCUGAAAAAGAAGAGGACAGCCAAGUUAUUCAGAGGGAUGAGUGGAUGACUGUCGAUUUUAUGUCUGUUAAAACUGUGUCGUCAGCAUCACUCAAAGCUGAAAAGGAAACCAUAAGAAAAAUAGAGCAAGAGAAAACUGAAGCCCUGGAACGGUCCAAACUGCUGGAAAGAGAAUUGAACCCAUAUUGGAAGGAUGGCGGGACAGGCCUUCCAUCAGAAGACUGUGGUGUGUCUUCAGUUACUAAAGCUUCAGGAAUAGAGGAUGGUGGAUUAAGCUGGCUAAGGAAGUCUUAUCAAAGAAUGAAGGAGCAAGCUGAAAAAGAAAACAGAGAUUUUGAGGAUAUUGUAUCUGAAAGGUAUGGGUCGAUGGAAAUAUUUCAGUCGAAAUUAGAAGAAGCCGAAAAAAUUGCAUUCAAAAAAGAAGAUUAUAGACGAGAUGGGUGGAGGAAACCAGCAUAUUUGGAUGAAACACAAAAUAAUAAGGAAAGUAGAAAGUCAGACUUGGUAAAAUCUAGCAACAGUUCAAGAGAUAGAUACGGUACAACAGGAAACAGAAACAAUGAAGAUCGGUUUUAUGCUGAUGAAAAAAGUAAGAGAUCUGGGUCUUUAGAAACAUGUACCAGAGAAUCCAGCCCAAGGCACAGUCAAGAGUUCUCUUCUAGGAAUUCCAGACCUAAAUUCUUAAGACCCUGUGAUGAUGACCAACCUCCCUUUCACUGCAAGGUCAGAAGUUUUGAACCAUCUGCUUCAUCUUUAGCACUCGUAGCUCAGGGUUCUUUGCGUCGUGGUUUCCGAAAACCCAUGGAGAACAGUGACGAAAACAGUGAAAAAACACCAUGGCAUUGCCCUGAGAGGAGAGAAGGAGACAAGAAAUGUAUAGAUCCAAAGCCAUUGGAAACCAGGGGCAGUGGUGGCAGCCGACACAGUCCCAGAGAUGGAAGAGAAGAGUUACAGAUUGAGAGCGUGAGAGAUGCCCCAUCACAAAGAGAACAUUUGCAGCACAUGAAGUCUACUCUUGAGAGUGCUGAGGGUGAGUCCACGCACAUCCUGACUGUUGAUGAGAAGAACAAGUUAGGGGCCAAGAUUAUCAAAGCAGAGAUGAUGGGGAAUAUGGAAUUAGCUGAAAGACUUAAAGCCCAACUUGAAAAGGCAAAUAAAUUCAAUGAAACUGUAACACAGAUGCCGUCAAAAAAACCAGGGUCAGAGAAUGAAGAGCAGCAAGAAGUGCUUCUGGUCAGAAGCGAUGAGUCUGGGAGAGUUUGGCCCGUGGCUGCACCUGGAGGGCCGCUGGCAGCCAGGACAGGAAAAGGGAAGAAACAGAAGGUUUCAACCCAUGAGGGAAAAGAAAGAGUCAGAUACUUUCAGGAUGAUGAUCACCUAAGUCUAAAUGAUUUAGUCAGAAAUGAAAAGAUGGGGACAGCAGAGAAUCAGAACAGACUCUUUAUGAGAAUGGCAUCUAAGUUCAUGGGGAAAACAGAUGGAGACUCUUACACUCUGGAUGACAUGUUUGUCUCCAAAGCAGCAGAAGGGGGACGAUUUGGUGAAGAGGAGAACCAGAGGAAAAGGGCGAUUGCUGAACAUCAGAGUCUCACGGCACGAAUGGAAAACUGUCUGUACUGCUGUGACAGCUCACAGUUUCCCAAGCACCUCAUUGUUGCCAUAGGAGCUAAGGUUUACUUAUGUUUACCCAAUUUCCGAUCCCUUACGGAGGGGCACUGCCUUGUGGUUCCUUUGCAGCACCACCGGGCCGCUACCUUAUUGGAUGAAGACAUCUGGGAAGAAAUUCAGGUGUUUAGGAAAUCACUUGUAAAGAUGUUUGAAGGGAUGGGAUUGGACUGUGUCUUUUUAGAAACUAAUAUAAGCAUGAAGAAGCAGCAUCACAUGGUUUAUGAGUGCAUUCCUCUCCCUAAGGAAGUGGGUGAGAUGGCCCCUAUCUAUUUUAAGAAAGCCAUAAUGGAGUCUGAUGAAGAGUGGUCCAUAAACAAGAAGUUGAUUGAUCUGUCUUCAAAAGACAUCAGAAGAUCUGUACCCAGAGGCUUACCUUACUUCUCUGUAGACUUUGGCCUCCAAGGAGGAUUUGCACAUGUCAUUGAAGAUCAACACAAAUUCCCUCAUUACUUUGGAAAGGAAAUCAUUGGUGGGAUGCUGGAUCUAGAACCAAGACUUUGGAGGAAGGGGAUCCGAGAAAGCUUCGAGGACCAGAGGAAGAAAGCGCUGCAGUUUGCUCAGUGGUGGAAACCCUAUGACUUCACCAAAAGCAAAAUGUAGUAAUGUGAAAUGUCUCAUUUUUAGCUGUUUCUUCAGAUCGCAUUCAAUUUCACAUCCUCUUCAUCUACCUGAAUGACUGAGGCUCAGGGCUUGGGAGACAGUAGCAGCAGUGGACUCCUGUGGGACCUCGGACAGCGUGCCCUACUGGAGGGUGGCCCUUCUUCUUCACCUCUUUCUGGGGACUUCUUUAUAGUGACUGCGGAGUAAUGUGGAGACACACUGGAUGAUCUGCCUCCUUCCCUGUUUUGUAUCUACUUCUUCAUGUCCUAAAUGGUUCAGUUAACCCAGAAAAGGGCUUUUGGGAAAAGGGAGGGGGACUAAAGAAGCCUAGAAAGAAAGGCUUUAGAGGAAAAUGAGUCUACCUUUAGGUAGGUGAGUCUACUGCCUGACUCCUUUUGUACUUUUUACAAUAAGACUCGAUGUGUUCUAUUUCCAUACAAUUUUAUUGAAGAUCUCUUUUAAGUUUCUGCCAGUACUAUAUAAUAUCACCAUGCAUUCUCUUUGUUAAAGGAAGGAGAAUAUCUGAAAACUAUCGAAGAAUUAAAUGGUAAUGAAAAUAUA